AUGCGCACGGAAAAACCCCCGCCAUCGCGGUCGCCCCCUCGGGAUUUCGACCAUCUUCUCGUCGGGAAGGCAGGGGAGGAGGGGAGAGGGCAGGACCCCGGGGAAGAAGGUCGCGCGGAGGCCUCCAACCCCGCCUCCACCGCCUCGUUGAGCGCUUCGCUGUGGAUUAACGCGCUCAUCCAGGGGGCGUUGCUGAAUAUCAUCCGUUGCCGCCGCCCGGGUUGCCUUCAUCACAUCGUCACCCGGGAGCCCUUCAUCAACCUCUCCGUCGGCCUCAACCCGGGGGAAUCGGAAGGGUGGGAAAAGGCAGAGGAGGGAAAGGGAAGUUCGUCGCGUCCGUGGGAGCUUCGCCAGCUGCUUCGCCGCUCCGUUUGUUCGUAUGAGCGGCUGGAAGGGUACGUCUGUGAUGCCUGCGGCUCGAAGGAGGCGCAGUUUCAGGGCGGCUGUUUCUACGGCAGCCCGCCUCCCGUGCUCGUGUUGCAGCUCAAACGCUUUGCCGUCGGCUUCACGCCCGACUGCACGGCGGUUUUCACGAAGGAUGAACGCGAGGUGGGGAUAGGGGAGACGAUGGAGCUUUUUUCCCUCCCCGAGGGUGGGGAUUACGACGUGGCGGCGAAACGCUUCACAGAAGGAUUGCUGAAGGCGGAGCAGGCGGUCGCGCAGGGUAAGGGAGGGGGGGGUUCGUCCACCUUGGAUGCGCAAAACCUCAUCGACGCGAUUUGGACGCGAUAUCGUCUGCAAGGGACGAUUCUGCACUACGGGAAAAAUCUGUACUCCGGGCAUUACGUCGCCGAAUUCGCAGUGGACUGCCACCUCGACGAAUCCGAGCAUCUCAGGGCUCCCCCAGUCCCGAGCAGCGAGGUGAAGGAGUCCUCGAAGAGCCGGUCGAAUGCGAGAUCCGAAGGAUCCGUUGAGGGGGAAGACGCUUCAUUCAGCGAGGACGCCCUGCCGGUGCAGGGGCCCCCCUCAAGGCGGCUUUGGAAGCUCGCCAAUGACGAAUGUGUGCUGACGGAGCCUGUGGCGAAUCUAAAAGGGCGGCAGCGUCGUAAUGAGCAGUGUUAUUUGUUGCUAUACGAAAAGGUGAUCGAAGAGCGAGUGCGCUGCCCUCUGUGGAAGGUGUUGCCACGCCCCCCUAAGUCAUGGUAUUAA